CGGAAAGCAGCAGGUUAACAUCUAUGAACAGAGUCCCGUUGAAGACUUUUCUCCUAUCUCUGCUGGAUUUACUCCCUUUUUCUUUGUUUUCCUUUUGACUGGGGAUAUUUAUUUCAACUCCUGGACUAUCAAACUGCGGAUCUAUGCGAACCCAACGCGGGAGUCCACGACAUUUGUGAAGUUGAAGAGGAGGAAUGUAUCGUUUCUUUGUGAAACUAACAUUUCUGAUUCCAGCAAUCGUCAUCUCACAAGGUCUAAAAUGCUCCCUACCAACUGAGUCCUGCCUGAAUGGAGGAAGAUGUGAAGCCACCAUCAAUGGAAAUGGAGAGUGCAAGUGUCCCAGUGACUACGUAGGCAACCGGUGCCAGUAUCCGAGCCCCUGCAGCCCCUCACCCUGCCGCAACGGUGGCGAAUGCAAACCCGUUUCCCAUGGCAACACGUUUGAUUUCCGCUGUGUGUGCCGCCUGGGUUUCACCGACCGGCUAUGCCUGACCCCCACCAACCACGCCUGCAUGAGUUCCCCCUGUCGCAACGGAGGGACAUGCGAUCUCAUCACUCUCACUGCUUAUCGCUGCCACUGCCAACCAGGCUGGUCAGGCAAAACCUGCCAGCUUGCCAACCCAUGUGCUUCCAAUCCGUGUGCAAAUGGCGGCCAGUGCUCAGCCUUUGAUUCCACCUACAUCUGCACCUGCCCGCCGGCCUUCCAUGGACAAACCUGCAAGCAGGAUGUCAACGAGUGUGCCCAGACUCCAUCGCCCUGUCUCAACGGUGGCGUAUGUGUGAAUGAGGUGGGCUCGUACCACUGCCGCUGUCCUCAAGAGUACACUGGACAGCACUGUGAGACCCCCUACAUGCCAUGCAGCCCCUCACCUUGCCAGAAUGGAGGCACUUGCGUCCAGAAGGGAGACACCGCCUACGAUUGCAGCUGCCUGCCAGGCUUCACAGGUCAGCAUUGUGAGCACAACAUUGAUGACUGUCCAGGUCACAACUGCCAGAAUGGUGGUGUGUGCGUGGACGGGGUGAACACCUACAACUGCCAGUGCCCACCACAUUACACAGGCCAAUACUGCACUGAAAAUGUGGACGAGUGUGAGCUGAUGCCCAACGCAUGUCAGAAUGGCGGGACGUGCCACGACACCCAUGGCAGUUAUCACUGCGUCUGCGUCAACGGGUGGACAGGUGACGAUUGCAGCGAGAACAUCGACGACUGUGCCAGUGCGGCUUGUUACCAUGGCGCCACCUGCCACGACCGCGUGGCCUCGUUCUUCUGCGAGUGCCCUCAUGGACGCACAGGUUUGCUGUGCCACCUGGAUGAUGCCUGCAUCAGCAACCCAUGUCAAAAGGGCUCCAACUGUGACACUAACCCCGUCAAUGGCAAAGCAAUAUGCACCUGUCCCCCAGGUUACACCGGCUCAGCCUGCAAUCUGGAUAUUGAUGAGUGCUCUCUUGGUGCCAACCCCUGUGAGCAUGGUGGUCGAUGCCUCAACACAAAAGGAUCUUUCCAGUGUAAAUGUCUUCAAGGUUAUGAAGGACCACGCUGCGAGAUGGACGUCAAUGAAUGCAUGUCUAAUCCUUGCCAUAACGAUGCCACGUGUUUGGACCAGAUCGGAGGGUUCCACUGCAUCUGCAUGCCAGGAUAUGAGGGUGUGUUCUGCCACAUCAACACAGAUGAGUGUGCCAGCCAACCUUGUCUCAACAACGGCAAAUGCAUCGACAAGAUCAACUCCUUCCACUGCGAGUGCCCUAAAGGCUUUUCAGGGAAUCUCUGUCAGGUGGAUAUUGACGAGUGUGCCAGCACCCCCUGCAAGAAUGGAGCUAAAUGUACUGAUGGACCCAACAAGUACACUUGUGAAUGUGCUGAAGGUUACACUGGGCAGCACUGUGAAAUUGACAUCAAUGAGUGCUACUCUGACCCCUGCCACUAUGGCACCUGCAAGGAUGGCCUGGCCUCCUUCACCUGCUACUGCCGCCCUGGAUACACUGGCCGCCUGUGUGAGACCAACAUCAAUGAGUGUCUAAGCCAGCCCUGCAAGAACGGUGGCACUUGCCAAGACAGGGAGAACACAUACAUCUGUUCCUGCCCUAAAGGCACUGCUGGUUUCAACUGUGAGGUGAAUCUGGACGACUGUAAGAGCAAACCCUGCGACUACGGGAAGUGCAUCGACAAAAUCAAUGGCUACGAGUGUGCAUGUGAGCCAGGUUACACAGGAGCAAUGUGCAACAUCAACAUUGAUGACUGCGCCAUCAACCCUUGUCAUAAUGGGGGCACAUGUGUCGAUGGCAUCAACAGCUUCACCUGCCUCUGCCCAGAGGGCUACAAUGACGCCACCUGUUUGUCACAGGUGGACGAGUGCGGCAGUAACCCCUGUAUCCACGGCCGAUGCCAGGACCUCAUCAAUGGCUACAAAUGUACCUGUGACUCCGGCUGGAGCGGCCAAAACUGUGACAUCAACAACAACGAAUGUGAGUCGAACCCAUGCAUGAACGGAGGAACCUGCAAGGACAUGACCAGUGGAUACCACUGCACUUGCAGAGUCGGCUUCACCGGACCUAACUGCCAAACUAACAUCAACGAGUGCGCCUCCAACCCCUGCCUUAACCAGGGCACCUGCAUCGACGAUGUGGCCGGAUACAAGUGCAACUGCUUGCUGCCUUACACUGGUGAAAACUGUGAGACCCUGCUGGCCCCCUGCAGCCCCAGACCCUGUAAAAACGGUGGAAUGUGUAAGGAGUCUGAAGACUACCAGAGCUUCUCCUGCAUCUGUCCUGAAGGAUGGCAAGGUCAAACAUGUGAGAUUGACAUCAAUGAAUGUGUGAAGAGCCCAUGCCGCAAUGGUGCUCUUUGUCACAACACCAUGGGUGGUUAUCAGUGCAAGUGUCAGCCAGGUUACACUGGCCAGAAGUGUGAAACAGACAUCGAUGACUGCAAACCAAAUCCCUGCAGUAAUGGAGGUCUGUGUCGCGACGGUAUCAACAGUUUCACAUGUACCUGUCUGCCCGGGUUUCGUGGUGGCAGAUGUGAGCAGGACAUAAAUGAGUGUGAGAGCAACCCUUGUAGGAAUGGGGCCAACUGCACAGAUUGUGUUAACAGCUACACCUGCACCUGCCCACCUGGCUUCAGUGGCAUCAACUGUGAGAUCAACACCAACGACUGCACUGACAGCUCUUGCUUCAAUGGCGGGACCUGUGUGGAUGGAAUCAACGCCUUCACGUGUCUGUGUCUGCCUGGAUUCACUGGCAGUUACUGCCAGUAUGAUAUCAAUGAGUGUGACUCCAAGCCAUGCCUCAAUGGAGGCACUUGUCUUGACAGUUAUGGGACGUACAAGUGCACCUGCCCUCAUGGCUACACGGGAAUGAACUGUCAGAACCUUGUCCGCUGGUGUGACUCUUCCCCCUGUAAAAACGGAGGCUCAUGCUGGCAGCAGGGAGCCUCUUACACCUGCCAGUGUCAGACUGGAUGGACUGGCCUCUAUUGUGACAUCCCAAGUGUGUCCUGUGAGGUAGCAGCUAAACAGCAAGGUGUUGAAGUGGCUCACUUGUGCAGGAAUUCUGGCCAGUGUCUGGACGCUGGAAACACACAUUACUGCCGCUGCCAAGCCGGCUACACUGGAAGUUACUGCCAGGAACAGGUGGACGAGUGCUCUCCCAAUCCUUGCCAGAAUGGAGCCACGUGCACUGAUUAUCUAGGAGGUUAUAGUUGUGAGUGCCUCCCUGGAUACCAUGGUGUGAACUGCUCAAAAGAGAUCAAUGAAUGCCAGUCUCAGCCCUGCCAGAAUGGAGGCACCUGCAUCGACCUCAUCAACACAUACAAGUGCUCCUGUCCCAGAGGAACACAAGGUGUGCACUGUGAGAUUAACUUGGAUGACUGCAACCCAUCCACCGACCCGCUUACAAAUGAACCUAAAUGCUUCAACAAUGGCAAGUGUGUGGACCGCAUUGGAGGCUACCAGUGUGUUUGCCCUCCGGGCUAUGUGGGUGAGCGCUGUGAAGGCGAUGUCAAUGAAUGCUUGUCAGACCCUUGUGACCCCAGAGGCUCCUACAACUGCAUCCAGCUCACCAACAGCUACCGCUGUGAAUGCCGCACUGGAUACACAGGUCAGCGCUGUGACAAGGUGUUUGAUGGCUGCAAAGGAAGACCCUGCAGAAACGGAGGGACUUGUGCUGUUGCCAGUAACACACCUCAUGGGUUCAUCUGCAAGUGUCCACCUGGCUUCACUGGUUCUUCCUGCGAGUAUGAUUCUCGCUCGUGUGGGAGUCUGAAUUGCAGAAAUGGUGGCACAUGUGUGUCAGGCCACCUAGGCCCACGCUGCCUGUGUCCCUCAACCUUCACUGGGCCUGAGUGCCAAACCCCCACUGACAGCCUUUGCAUCUCUAACCCCUGCUACAACGGUGGCACUUGCCAGAUCACCCCAGAUGCUCCGUUCUUCCAGUGCAGCUGCCCCAGCAACUUCAAUGGCCUGCUGUGCCACAUACUGGACUACUCCUUCGUUGGAGGGUUUGGCCGGGACAUCACCCCACCUCCGGAAGUGGAGGUGAGCUGCGAGAUUCCACAGUGUGACGAGUGGGCGGGGAACCACAUCUGCGACUCACUGUGCAACAAUCAUGCCUGCGGCUGGGAUGGAGGAGACUGCUCACUUAAUUUUGAUGAUCCGUGGCAAAACUGCUCCGCUGCUCUGCAGUGCUGGCGCUACUUCAAUGAUGGCAAGUGUGAUGGCCAAUGUAACAGCCCUGGGUGUCUCUAUGAUGGCUUUGAUUGCCAAGGACAAGAAGGACAAUGCAACCCUCUUUAUGACCAGUAUUGUAAAGACCACUAUGCUGAUGGUCACUGUGACCAGGGCUGCAACAAUGCAGAAUGUGAAUGGGAUGGUCUGGACUGUGCCAACAACAUGCCAGAGAAGCUGGCUGACGGACAUUUAGUGCUUGUGGUCCACAUUCCCCCAGAACAACUUAAAAAUCGUUCCUCAUCGUUCCUCAGAGAGCUCAGCAGUGUUCUCCACACUAAUGUGGUGUUCCGCCGUGAUGCCAAAGGAGAACCCAUGAUCUUCCCUUAUUAUGGCAACGAACAAGACCUGGCUAAGCAUAAUGUGCUGAAGCGCUCGGCAGAUGGCUGGCCUGAGUGGGCUUCGGUGCCUGCCAGUGUUUUGGGUCAGAUGAAGGAGAGUAUGACUUCCAUGGUCAGCCCACGGAAACGCAGAGAGCUGGAUCCUGUGCAAGUCAAAGGGUCUGUGGUGUACCUGGAGAUUGACAACCGUCAGUGUUACCAGCAGUCGACUGAAUGCUUCCAGAGUGCCACAGAUGUGGCUGCAUUCCUUGGAGCAUUGGCCUCCAGUGGGAAUCUGAAUGUUCCAUACAUUGAAGCUGUCACAAGUGUGAGACCAACUCCUCCCAAUUCAGAGCUCUAUCCCAUGUAUGUAGUCUUCCUGGGCUUGGCUGCUCUGGGUUUCAUCUGCCUAGGUGUUCUGGUGUCCCGUAAACGACGACGAGAGCAUGGCCAGCUCUGGUUUCCUGAAGGAUUCAAAGCAUCGGAGCCCAGUAAAAAGAAACGCAGAGAGCCACUGGGAGAGGAUUCUGUUGGACUGAAGCCUAUGAAAAACUCUGACAUCAAUCUUAUGGAUGACAAUCAAAAUGAAUGGGGUGAUGAGGAUCCAGAGUGCAGACGCUUCAGGUUUGAGGAGCAGGCCAUGUUGGAUUUGAGUGAUCAUACCGACCACAGAAAAUGGACACAGCAGCAUCUGGAUGCAGCUGACCUGCGUAUUACAUCAAUUGCCCCUACGCCUCCUCAGGGAGAGAUAGAGAAUGACUGCAUGGAUGUCAAUGUCAGAGGACCAGAUGGUUUCACUCCCCUGAUGAUCGCCUCCUGCAGUGGUGGAGGGCUGGAAACUGGCAACAGUGAAGAGGAAGAGGAUCCGUCAGCAGAAAUAAUCUCUGACUUCAUUUACCAGGGCGCCAACCUCCACAACCAGACUGACCGCACAGGUGAGACCGCCCUCCACCUGGCUGCCCGGUACGCCCGCUCUGACGCCGCCAAACGCCUCCUGGAGUCCAGCGCCGACGCCAACGUUCAGGACAACAUGGGCCGCACGCCGCUUCAUGCAGCUGUGGCAGCGGAUGCACAGGGAGUGUUCCAGAUUUUAAUCCGAAAUCGCGCCACCGAUCUUGACGCCCGCAUGCACGACGGAACAACGCCGCUGAUUCUGGCAGCCCGAUUGGCAGUUGAGGGCAUGGUCGAAGAGCUUAUCAACUGCCACGCCGACGCUAACGCCACUGAUGAUUCUGGUAAAUCUGCUCUGCACUGGGCUGCGGCUGUAAAUAAUGUGGAGGCUGCCAUGGUGUUGCUGAAAAAUGGUGCCAACAAAGACAUGCAGGACAACAAGGAGGAGACUCCACUCUUCCUCGCAGCCCGUGAAGGCAGCUACGAGACAGCAAAGGUUCUACUGGAGCACUUUGCCAACCGUGAGAUAACUGACCACCUUGACCAGCUGCCCAGAGAUAUUGCCCAGGAGCGCAUGCACCACGACAUCGUCCGCCUUCUGGAUGAGUACAAUGUGGUUCGGAGUCCUGGGCUUCACAGCGCCCCACUUAGCGCCGCCAGCCUCUCCCCACCUCUCUGCUCACCCAAUGACUAUCUUAGCAACCUCAAGCCCAACCUUUCUGUCAAGAAGGUUCGUAAGCUGAGCUCCGGGGGAAAAGGAGGCAAGGAUGGGGGAAAAGAUAACAGGUUGAAGAAGAAAAAGUCACUGGAUGGGAAGAAUAAUCUGCUUGACACAUCAGCUGUCCUCUCCCCAGUUGAUUCCCUUGAGUCACCUCAUGGCUACCUGUCCGAUGUGGCCUCUCCUCCCAUGCCAUCGCCUUUCCAGCAGUCCCCACCGGUGUCUCUAAAUCACCUACAAGGCAAUGGAGACUCCCACAUGGGCCAGAUGAACAUGGGUAAGGAUAUGGGUUGCAUGUCUUUUGACCCAAACCCGCCUCGUCUCUCCCACCUGCCAGUGUCCAGCCCCAACGGUCAGGGCACAGCAUCCAUAGGUGGCAGCAGAGGAGGUCAGUGUGACUGGGUCUCCAGGAUGCACCCAGGAGUUGGUCAGCAAGGAAGCUUCACCCAGACGCCAUCCAUAACCCACAACAUGAUGGGUGCUCUGCAUGCCGUCAGUACAGCCACUCUGUCUCACAUAAUGGGAUACCAGAAUCUGCAGACCAGCCACCUCGGUUCAUCUGCACACAUGAUGCAGCAGGCUCGCUCUCGGCAGCUCCAGCACCAGAACUCCAACUCCACCACAGCCGGGCAGCCCCUCAGCCAGAGUUUUCCAAAUGUAGAGUUGAGCAGCUCCGACAUGCAGCAGAACAACGGCUCGGGCCGCUCCGUGCCAAUCCACACGGUGAUGCCGCAGGAGACGCAGAUCCUUGGCAACCAGUUUCUCACCCCUCCCUCCCAGCACAGCUAUUCAGGCCCCAUGGACAACACCCCUAACCACCAGCUGCAGGUGCCCGACCACCCAUUUCUGACGCCCUCCCCCGGCUCCCCUGACCAGUGGUCCAGCUCGUCCCCACAUUCCAACAUGUCUGAUUGGUCGGAGGGCAUCUCCAGCCCGCCCACGAGUAUCCAUUCACAGAUGAAUCUAAUCCCAGACCAGUUUAAGUAGAGACUUGUAAAACGGCCCGAACUUUAAAACAGUAUAUACAAAGUUCAUACACAAAGAAAAUGACAAACUUGUCUCAAGACUGAAGAUGCUCCUUUUUUAUUAUCAGUUUUUAUACUAAUGAUAAGUUUUAGUAAUUUUGUAUUUAUUUAUGUGCUUUUUUUGAUCUGAAAAAUAAAGAAGAUGCUUUUAUAUUUAUGCUUUUUCAUUUUUUUUUGUUUUGUUAUGUAUGGGAAGGUUAGAAAUUGCUGAAAAGGAGUUUAUAUCCAAAAAUAUCUUUCCUAGAUAUGUACACUGGCUAUUUAUUUGUGUCUUGUGUUGAUAUAUUCACUGGAUUUAUUUUAAUCUUUUGGUGCAUCAGUCAAAUUUUAUUUUUGGGUUAUGCUUGCUUUAUGUUUGUACAGAUUUUUUGUUCAACUUUUAUAGAUUAUUUGAAAUUUUCAGUAUUAAUUAAUUAUAUUUUAACCUCCUUUGUCUUUUAAAGUGACAGGUUUUGUUACUGAACUACAUUUCACUAAGUCUUAUCACUGAAUCUGUGUUAGAUGUUGAUCAAAUAUAUAUAUAUAUACAAAAUAUCACCGUUAAUAAUGUUGCUUACUACGCUGUUCUUUCUGAACAAAAUUACAAUGACAGUAACUGAGCAAAGGUUUAUAAGAUACGGAACUCUGGAGAUUUUGGACCUUAAAGCACAGAACAAAACCCUUUAUUGGUUGAGAAAUGCUUUUCAAAAUGAGUAGAAAAGCAUCUAAACAAAUCUUAAUGUAUGUUUCUGAAAUAAUGGUCUGGGCUGGAGCUAAGUAAUUGAUUUGUGAUAAUUUAUGAUUUAAGGACUGUUUCUUUAUGUCAUAUUGUAUCCUAAAUCAGUGAUUAUGGUUACCGUGUUUAACCUAUAAAGUGUUAAAUUGCAGACCUGUUGUAGAACAUUGAAAUGUUACAUUUGCCACAGUUUAUUAUAGUGCCAGUGUGAGUUUUGUUUUUCCUAAGAAAAGCAAUGUAUUUGUGAGAUUUCUUGUACAAAAAUGUCUUCAAGAUGGAAAACAUUGUUUGUGAAAGAAAUGGGGACCUUUGUGUUUAAUGACAUCGCCUGCACUUUGUGAAGGAGUGUGGUUUAGGGUGUCUAAAUGUCAUGUUUUAUAAACUAAUCCAGAGGUAAAGAUGUUUUUAAGAAAAGAAAAAAGUAAUUCAAAAUCAAUCUUCAUGCAAAGUUGUAGUUUGCAAAGAAAUAUUUCCUGAUUAAAAAUGUUUUGUAAAAAUUGUCUUGAUUCAAUAAAAGCUACUGUUAAGCUUUAAAA